GCAAACGAACAAACACGACACGAAGCUUCAUCAUUCAUCAUCAUCAUCAUCGUGUCGUCGUCGUCAUCUAAUGCAUCGAAACUCCGAUCUCCGCCAUAGCUACUGAGCUCCCUCUCCCCUCUCCUCUCUCUCUCCCUCUCCCUCUCCCUCUGUGGUGAUCGAAUCGAUUAAAUGGCGUCCAGGUACUGGGUGGUGUCUCUUCCAGUGCAGGGCUCCACAUCCGCGUCUUCUCUCUGGAACCGCCUGCAGGAGCAAAUCUCCAGACACUCCUUCGACACGCCUCUUUACAGAUUCAAUAUACCUAAUCUCCGCGUGGGGACUCUGGACUCUCUCCUCUCUCUCAGCGAUGAUCUCUUGAAGUCAAAUACAUUCAUGGAAGGGGUAUCGCACAAGAUCAGGCGGCAGAUCGAGGAGCUGGAAAGGGUUUCUGGUGUGGAGAGCAGUGCUCUUACAGUAGAUGGUGUACCUGUUGAUUCUUACCUCACAAGGUUCGUGUGGGAUGAGGCGAAGUACCCAACAAUGUCUCCUUUGAGGGAGAUUGUUGACAGCCUGCAAGGUCAAGUGGCAAAGAUUGAAGAUGAUCUGAAGGUUCGUGUUGCUGAGUAUAACAACGUGCGCAGUCAGCUCAAUGCCAUAAAUCGGAAGCAGAGCGGAAGCUUAGCUGUCCGUGAUAUCUCCAAUCUAGUAAAACCCGAGGAUAUCAUCCAAUCGGAAAACCUGACAACCCUUCUUGCUGUUGUUCCUAAAUAUUCACAGAAAGAUUGGUUGUCAAGCUAUGAGACGAUGACAAACUACGUGGUCCCUAGGUCCUCCAAGAAGUUGUACGAGGAUAAUGAAUAUGCUCUGUAUACUGUGACUCUCUUCCGUCGUGUUGCAGACAAUUUCAGAAGUAGUGCUCGAGAAAAAGGGUUUCAAAUGCGUGAUUUUGAGUAUAGUCCAGAAGCACAAGAUAGUCGAAAUCAGGAACUAGAGAAACUGAUGCGAGACCAGGAGAAUCUAAAAAGCUCUCUUUUGCAGUGGUGCUAUACCAGUUAUGGAGAGGUUUUUAGUUCAUGGAUGCACUUCUGUGCUGUGCGUGUCUUUGCAGAGAGCAUUUUGAGAUACGGUUUGCCUCCAUCCUUCUUGUCAUGUGUCCUGGCUCCUCCCACAAAGAGUGAGAAGAAAGUGAGAUUGAUUCUUGAAGGGUUGUGCGACAGCACGCACAGUGCAUACUGGAAAUCUGAGGAUGACGUGGGAAGCAUGGCUGGCCUCGGAGGCGACGCCGAUUCCCAUCCAUAUGUCUCAUUCACGAUCAACUUGGUGUAAUUGAUCGGAUUUACGUUCAAAUCCCAAACGAGACCAUAACUGCCAGAAAAGAAAUAAGAAGAGUGGACAGUGUUCUCGGAGAUAAUGUAUAUUGAGCGUGAAAUAAUCCCCAAUUCUUUACUUAUUUAUAUCUGUAAUUCCGGCAAUUUGGAGUUCAUUUGUGUUUCAGAAUUGCAGGUAGGGAGUGAAGUUUGUUAUUUAAUCUAAGUUAUGGUUGUAUGUUAUUCUUUAAUUUUCUUUUUACCAAGUUGUUUUUCUAAUGUUAAAUUAACUUAUUGCUUGGCAUUUCA